UGGAGCAGCAGGCAGGUGGGAGCCCUCAGUUGUCUUGCCCUGAGAAGGAAGACAAAGGCCAGCAUGCCCAGCUUUUCUCUGCUGCUGCUGCUGCUGCUCUGGGGCCUGGGGUCUCAUGGCCUCCCAGCGACUCCAGAAACCCAAAAGCAAGAUGAGGAACUAGUCCAGAAAUACCUAGAAAACUACUACAACUUGAAGAGCGGAAUCAAGCAAUUCCGAGGGCAGAGAAAAAGUGGCCCAGUAGUUGAAAAGCUGAAGCAAAUGCAGGCAUUCUUCGGGCUGAAGGUGACUGGGAAGCCAGAUGCUGAGACCCUGAAGGUGAUGAAGCAGCCCAGGUGUGGGAUGCCCGACGUGGGCUUUUAUGACAGCACCCAUGGGAGCUAUCGUUGGCAGAGAACAAACCUGACCUACAGGAUCAAAAACCGCACACCAGAUUUGCCUCCAGGGGACGUGGACCGUGCCAUUGGGAAAGCCUUUGAACUCUGGAGCAAUGCGGCAGACCUAACUUUCACCCAGGUCUUUGAGGGUGAAGCAGACAUAAUGCUAUCCUUUGUGUGGGGAGAUCAUGGUGACAAUUCUCCCUUUUAUGGACGUGGUAGUAAUUACCUGGCUCAUGCAUUCCCACCGGGACAAGGCUUAGGGGGAGAUGUCCAUUUUAAUGAAGAUGAAACAUGGACCAACGAUCUCAGAAAUUACAACUUGUAUCAUGUUGCAGCACAUGAAUUGGGUCAUUCCCUUGGACUAAAUCAUGAUAACCACAUUGGUUCUUUGAUGCACUCAUCUUACUUCUACUAUGGUGAUGUCAUGCUGUCUCAGAGGAACAUCAAUGCCAUCCAGGCCAUCUAUGGUGAGCACAAAGAAAAGUUCUUCAUACGCAGCAAUACCAACUACAAUGAAGAUCUCAAUUUCAUUUCUGAGUUCUGGCCAUUUCUGACAAAUGGAGUUGAGGCUGUUUAUGAAAUUCCUGAAAGAGAUGUAGUCUUAUUUUUUAGAGGUUUUUUCUAUGUCUUUCAAGGAACAAGGCAGUACAUAUUUGAUCCUAAAACAAAGCGAGUUUUGAGUUUGCUGAAAUCUAACAGCUGGUUCAAUUGCAGAAAUAACUGA